AUGCUCGAGGCAUGGGCAGCUGCCACCGCAACCGCCGCCGCCACCGCUGCUGCCACCGCCACCGCCGCCGCCGCCGCCGAUCCGGUCCUCGCGACGGACGCCGCCGCCGCCGCCGCCGCCGAUCCGGUCCUCGCGACGGACGCCCUUCUCGUGACUGGCGCCGUCGAGCCGAUCCCGCCGACCGUCGACGUCGGCCUCUCACUUGGCCGCCUCUCGCUGCUGUGCCUCUGCAACAGCGUGCUGCGGCAGCGCUGGCUCAGGGAGGCUGCCGCCGUGGCCGGCCCUGUGCGCCCUCCCGCACCGAUUGAGCCGUCGGCAUUCCUCGGCGGCGGCAGCAGCUCGCUCUCCCUGGUUGAGGCAACCUUUGCAGACCCGAGCCUUGCCGCCGCGCUGCUCGCCGCCGCGCCCGCCGCCAGCCUGGUCGACCUCAGCCGCGCGGGCAACAGCGCGCAGCUCGACGCCCUCUGCGAGACGGCGACACGGCUGGUGGGUGGGGGCGCCGCCGCCGCCGCCGCCGCCGCCGCUGCGGUACGAGGGGCGGCUUCGUGCCGUCUGGCUGGGCGAGGCCCGACGCCGCUGCACCGCGCCGCGAUGAGCGGCGACGGCGAGAUGUGCGCCGCGCUGCUGCGCGCGGGCGCGAGCGUCGCGACCAAGGACGAGAAAGGGCACACGCCGCUGCAUCGCGCCGUGUGGGGAGGACACGUCGCAGUCACGGAGGCGCUCCUACGCGCUGCCGGCGGCGGCGCUGCUCUCUCGGCCGUGCUGCUCGCCACAAACCACGGCAUGGAGACGCCACUCUACCUCGCGUCGCUGCGCGGACAGCCCGAGUGCUGCGAGGCGCUGCUCUCCGCCGGCAGCGAGGCGCUGUUCGCGACCGACCGGUACCACGACGGCUACACCCCUCUCCACGCCGCCACGAUCGGUCGCUCCGAGGCGUGCGUGCGGCUGCUCCUUGCGCGCGGCUUUUGCGCGCAGGUGGAUGCGUCCAACAAGUACUCGCAGACGCCGCUGCAUCUCGCGGCUCGGCUGGGCGUGCCGGCGGCCGCGGCGCUGCUCCUCGAGGCUGGCGACCAAGACACGUCACAAGACACUUCCGAGACACCUCCGAGCAACCGCAGACACGUCACAAGACACCCCGGAGACACCUUCGAGCAACGCUGGAGGAAGCUCUUUGGACGCUUCCGUGGCGUCUUGCCGCAGGCGGGCGCCUCCCUCCUCGUGCGCGACGAGCGCGGGCAGACGCCACUCCAGGUUGCGCGGGCGCGGGGCCACGCAACGGUGGUCGACGUGCUGCUCGCGGCGGCGGCCGCGGCCCGCCCGCAGCUGCCGUUGCCGCCGCCGCGCGCGCUCAACCCCCACGCGCAGGCGUUUGUCCCGGCCGGGCGGGUGGCAGAAGGCAGCGGCGGGGCUGCCACGCCGGCCAAGCAAGGGAGGCUGGCACGCGGGCGCGGGCGCGGGCGCGGGGCGGGCUGGGGGCGAGGCGGGCCUGCGGGGCGGCGUGGUCGCCGGCAGCCGCAGCCGGUUAUGGGGUAA